AUGAACCUCGCGGGUAGAGACGCUCUGGGUCAUAUGACUCCUCCGUCUGAUGCCGCUGUCAGAGCCACCGGGCCGCCACUUACACAUGUGUGGAAGAACGUGUCAGAGAAACAUCGCAACACGGCGCUGGCGCUGAACAUGGAGGAUCCGUGCAUCAUCUGUCACGAGGACAUGAGUCCAGAGGAAGUGUGUGUCCUGGAGUGCCGCCACAGCUUCCACAGAGAGUGUAUAAAGUCGUGGCUGAAGGAGCAGAGCACGUGUCCCACCUGUCGAGAGCACGCGCUGUUACCGGAGGACUUUCCCAUGCUGCCCGGCAGACACCGCAGGAGCCACACGCCCGCCGCCGCCUUUAACUGACCCACUGUAUGUUCAUCUGCACCAGUCUUAUCUUCAUAAUCACACACUCA